AACCAGUCAAUCUGAAGAUACGACUCCUCACUGGAGUGUCAGAGAUACUUAAGGAUAAAAAAGAUUACAAAGGAAGAAAAGAUUGUUGUCUGCACGUACCAUUCCCUCUGAAGAACACCAGUUGGAACAAAAGGAGCAGAAUGCGUUGUUACUGUCUCCUUCCUUUCGUGUUGGGGAUUCCUCUCCUAUGGCCAUGCCUCACAACAGCUGCACCCUCCAAGGCAGGGGAGGGCACCCAGCCAGCAAGGCCUCACUGGAGGGUGAAGCGCGGGUGGAUAUGGCACCAGUUUUCUGUCCCAGAGGAACUGAAUAACAGCAACUAUCACGUAGGCCAGCUGAAAUCUGAUUUAGAUAAUGGAAACAACUCUUUCCAGUACAAGCUUUUGGGAGAUGGAGCUGGAAGUAUUUUUGUCAUUGAUCACAGAACAGGUGACAUAUUUGCCAAACAGAAGCUUGAUAGAGAAGAACGGUCCCUCUACCUGCUAAGAGCCCAGGUAAUAGAUGCCACCACUGGGAAGGCUAUGGAACCCGAGUCUGAAUUUGUCAUCAGAGUUUCGGAUAUCAAUGACAAUGCACCAAAAUUCCUAGAUGAACCUUAUGAGGCCGUUGUACCCGAGAUGUCUCCAGAAGGAUCAUUCGUCAUCAAGGUAACAGCAAGUGAUGCUGAUGACUCUACAAGUGGAAAUAACGCACGUCUCCUCUACAGCCUGCUACGAGGUCAACCAUAUUUCUCUGUUGAACCAACAACAGGAGUCAUAAGAAUAUCUUCUAAAAUGGAUAGAGAACUUCAAGAUGAGUAUUGGGUAAUUAUUCAAGCCAAAGACAUGAUUGGUCUGCCUGGAGCACUGUCUGGAACAACAAGUGUGUUAAUUAAGCUUUCUGAUGUUAAUGACAAUAAACCUAUAUUUAAAGAAAGUUUAUACCGCCUGGCUGUCUCUGAAUCCGCACCCGCUGGUACGUCUAUAGGAAAAAUCAUGGCCUCUGAUAAUGACAUAGGAGAGAAUGCAGAAAUGGAUUAUAGCGUGGAAGAUGAUUCACAAACAUUUGACAUCAUUACUGAUGAUGAGACCCAAGAAGGAAUAGUUAUAUUAAAAAAGAAAGUGGAUUUUGAGCACCAGAAUCACUAUCGCAUUAGAGCAAAAGUUAGAAAUUGCCAUGUUGAUGAACAGCUCAUGAAAUACCACGCGGAACCUUCCACCACUGUCAUUAAGGUCCAGGUGCGGGAUGAAGAUGAGCCCCCUGUUUUCCUCCACCCAUGUUACAUGUUUGAAAUCUAUGAAGGACUCCCACGUGGAUCAUUUGUAGGCAUGGUCUCUGCCACAGAUCCAGAUCAGAGGAAAUCUCCUAUUGGGUAUUCUAUCACCAGAAGCCAGGUGUUCAGUAUUGAUGACAAUGGCACUAUCAUCACAACUAACUCUCUUGAUCGGGAGAUUAGUGCUUGGUACAACCUAAGUGUUUCAGCCACAGAAAAAUACAACACGCAGCAGAUUUCUCAAGUUCCUGUGUCUGUGAAAGUUCUUAAUAUUAAUGAUCAUGCUCCUGAGUUCUCUGAAUACUAUAGGACGUUUGUUUGUGAAAAUGCAGACUCUGGUCAGGUAAUUCAAACUAUCAGUGCAAUGGAUAAAGAUGCAUCUGUAGAAGAACACCAUUUUUACUUUAAUCUGUCAACAGAAGACACUAAUAACUCAAGCUUUAUAAUCAUAGAUAAUCAAGAUAACACAGCUGUCAUUUUGACUAAUAGAACUGGUUUCCGCCUCCAAGAGGAGCCUGUCUUCUACCUCCCCAUCCUAAUCGCCGACAAUGGGAUACCCCCACUCACAAGCACAAACACCCUCACAGUCUACGUGUGUGACUGCGAUGCCAGCAGUGGAACGCAGACCUGCAGUAAGGAGGAGCGGCUGCUGGCCCUGGCAUUCCGGACAGAGAUCAUCCUUGCUAUUCUGAUAAGCGUUAUGAUCAUAUUUGGGUUUGUGUUUUUGAUCCUAGGGCUGAAACAAAGAAGAAAACAGACUCUGUUUCCAGAGAAGGGUGAAGAUUUCCGGGAGAACAUAUUCCAGUAUGACGAUGAAGGAGGUGGCGAGGAAGACACGCAGGCCUUCGACCUGGCCCAGCUGAGGAGGAGCGUGGCCGUGCGGGAGCGCAGGGCCAGGAGAGCCACCUCUGGGGACAUGCGGAGCCUCUACAGGCAGUCCCUGCAGGCUGGGCCCGACAGUGCGGUCUUCAGGAGAUUCAUUCUAGAAAAGCUGCAGGAGGCGAACUCGGAUCCCUGUGCCCCACCCUUUGACUCCCUCCAAACCUAUGCUUUCGAGGGAACAGGGUCGUUAGCUGCGUCCCUGAGCUCCCUGGGCUCUGCAGACUCUGAUCAGGAUGAAAAUUAUGAUUACCUGAAUGACUUGGGACCUCGCUUUAAAAGAUUAGCCUACAUGUUUGGUUCUGCCACACGGUCAAAUAAUUAAGGGUUGCUGCUUAUUAACAUUUUAAAGUUCUCAUGUGUUUGGGGGCCACCUAGUAGUAUGUUGGUGAGAGUUGUGUGGUCCAGCUCUCUGGGGCAAAAAGCAGAGAUUUCUAG